CUAAAACCUAAAUUCAUGUCGCGUUCAUUAAUUUUUCGUUGCUUGCUUGGCUGGUUCGUCAGUCAUUCGUUCCUUUUUUGUUUGUUUUCUGAUUUGUCUGUUUAUUCUUUCAGCAAUGCUCAGUUGUUCAUCACUGCUCCAAACAUCUUUCAUGUGGGCGUGGAAGAAACAGUUUCAGUUAUAGUGUACAACAGCCACAGGCCUGUGAAUGUGACAGUUAUCGCUCAAGAUUAUCCAGAUAAAAACAGAAACUUGGCAGCAACCAGCGGAGUUUUCACAAGCGAGAAACCUGGUAUUCUGAAACUUAAGUUGGAUGCGGAAGAUUUUCCUGCGGAUAUUGAUGACGAUGACGAUGUGUCAACUAAUCGUUACGCCUUCCUGGUGGCCAAGUCAAACGAUAGUGACGUCAUCAUUGACAAAGGUGCGAAGGUGCUGGUGAGUUUCUUGGAUGGCGUUGUUCUUCUACAGACAGACAAACCAAUCUACACUCCACGACAAAGUGGCAGCCUGGAGUAUACAAAAGUAAAAAUACGGAUCAUUCCUCUUGGUUUUGACCUGAAACCGAAAAAGGAGAAAAAGGUGACAGUUAUAGUGAAGAACCCUCAAGGAAUUAUGGUACAGAGAUGGAGGGACUUGAGCACCGAAACUGGUUUUAUCACAAAGAUUUUUGGUCUCAGUGAAUUUGCGUUAAUUGGUAACUGGACUGUCCUGGCACUUCACGGACAUAAGAACACACAAAAUGUCUCAGUGAAGUUUGAAGUGAAAGAAUAUGUGCUCCCAAAGUUUUCCGUCAGCAUAUCAGGACCGAAAUAUAUACUACCAAAUGUAAAAGCCAUUACUUGUAUAAUUCAAGCAAGAUACACUUACGGAAAGCCAGUAAAUGGGACGGUACUAGUCAAGUUUUCCAUGGUAGGGCGACGCAUCAGGGCUGUGUCAGUGAGGCAAUUAGCUGAUGAGUUAAAGGAUGGAAAAGCCUAUUUUAAAAUCAGAGCGGACGACAUUAAGAGCGCCCCUGGUCUUCCGUGGUUCCCGGAAGGUCGAAGGCUUCAGGUCGAGGCAGAUGUGAUCGAGAAGACUACUGGGAAGAAGGAGAGUGCAAUCGACAAUGCAAUUUACUUUGUCAAAUCUCCUUUCAAGAUUGAACACAAGGCAACUGCUGAGUACUUUAAACCGGCUCUGCCAUUCAUGGUCAAGGUUGAUUUGUUGUAUCCCGAUAAGAAACCAGCUGUUGGAAUCCCCAUGUCUAUUUCAGUAACAGCAACAACAGCUUCCGGAAGAAAAAUGCAACUAGGAAAAGCUGAGGCUGCAAAGGAUGGUGUCAAUUUCGAAGACACAACUGAUGAUCAGGGCAGGGCUAAUUUUGUUAUUGACGUACCAGGAGAUAUCAAGGCAAUGAAGAUGAGAGUGGAGACAGAAAAGGACGGUAUACCUACGGAGCAUAACACGUUCACAGAAUUCGAUGUUCGUGCGUACAAUUCUCCCUCAAGAACAUUUUUGUACGUCCGCGCUAUAAGGGACAAGCAGCAUUUUAACUGUGAUGUGUUCGUCAACAAGAAUGCGUCAAAGAUUACUUUCAUGGUCAUUGCACGCGGUAGGAUACUUAGCCAGUGGGUCAAAGUCCAAAAAGUGGGUGUCAUAUCAAGCUUCCGGUUUAGAAUUCUGCCGGAAAUGUCGCCCUCAUCGCGUCUUGUGACAUUCUUCUUUGGAAACGACGGCGAGGUUGUCGCGGACAGUACACUGCUAAGCAUUGACGAUGGAUUACCAAAUAAGGUUGAAUUCCAUGAUGAAUCCCCCGGUCAGACGCCACAGAAACAUCCGGGUAUUCCAUAUAAGAUCCAGCUGUCGGCCACUCCUGGUACAAGAGUCGGACUGCUGGCUGUUGAUCAGAGUGUGUAUAUCCUGAGAAACCGCGAGAAACUCAAUAAGAAAAGGGUAUUUAAUAUAAUGAAAUCCAUGGAUCUCGGAUGUGGCGUAGGAUCUGGAAGAAAUAGCGAGGAUGUGUUUUACAAAAGUGGGACCGUGGUACUCACAAAUACGGACAUCGCCAGCAGAGGACGUUCUGACUUUGGAUGUCCACACUCCAAAAGGAAACAGAAAAGGUCGACUGAAGAUUUGGAUAAAUGCUGCAAGGAGGGUUAUAUACCAGCCAGAGCGUCUUGUGUUCUUCGUGCCCGGUACUGGAUGGCUGGUGCCAGCAAAAUCUGUAAAGAAGAAUUCCUUCGAUGCUGUUUUAAUGCUACAGGGGAGAAAGACCCUAGAAUUACGCAAAUUCGCUCAAGAAAAGUCCAUCAGUUGGAACAAGAAUUUGAAGAUGACGAGAUCAGCCAGGGACAAAUAAGGAAGUAUUUUCCUGAGACUUGGAUUUUUGCCGAGGGUGUUGUUGGUCAAGACGGAAAGUUUGCCUUUUAUACCAACCUUCCUGACACCAUUACAACCUGGGUUGUCCAAGCUGUUGGUAUUUCAAACCAAACAGGCCUUGGAGUGGCUCGUGCACUGAACAUCCAGACAUUUAAGGAUUUCUUCGUAUCGCUUCGUCUUCCUUACUCUGUCCAACGAGGAGAACAAAUUUCUGUUAUUGCUUCAGUGUUCAACUAUGGAAAUUUCGAAUUAAAGGUUAAAGUCAAGUUAGAAGAUAGCAAGGAGUUCUGCACUAACGUGCCAGCGGGUCAAAAGUCACCGAUUGUGUCGUUAUCUGUAAAAGUAAACGAUGCAGUAUCUGUUUCGUUUCCCAUUGUACCUAUCAAACUAGGAAAAGUGUCAAUCAAAGUGAUUGCCACUGCUGAAGUCGUCGGGGAAGACUGGAUGGCUGGUCAAGCCAUGGGAAGCGAUGCCGUGGUCCGGAGUAUUCUUGUAGUGCCGGAAGGAGUUGAACGACGAAGAACGUAUUCAUUUGUGCUUGAUCCACAAGGAGUAUUACGGGACGAGGCGCCAGACAGAGCCAAUACGUCAAAUCCUGCUCCAGGCAUGAAACACGAUAGAGCUGUUCACAAUGGCAUGCAAGUAGACAAUGUCUUCCUCAAAGUUCCCUCCCGGGCAAUACCAGGAUCCCUGAAAGCUUUUAUGUCACUUACAGGAAACAUUAUCGGUCCAGUAGUCACAAGCUUGAUAACCGGCGGGUUAGAAAGCCUUCUGCGCAUGCCCCUGGGUUGCGGAGAACAGACGAUGAUAUUCUUGGCUCCUAAUGUUUACGUGAUGCAGUAUCUGUUAAGGACCAGGCAGGUAACCGCUGACAUAGAGUCAAAGGCCUACAGAAUGAUUCAAUCAGGUUAUCAACGGGCUUUGAAUUACCGCAGGAAUGACAAGUCGUUUAGCGCGUUUGGAGAAUCUCGUCCUGGCAGCACGUGGUUGACUGCGUUUGCCUCCAGAGUGUUUUGUGCUGCACAGGGAUUCGAUGGGAUUGAAAUUGACGAGGCUCUAGUUUGUGACUCAGUAAGUUGGCUCCUUGAAAACCAGCGUCAGGAUGGGGCCUUUCCUGAAGUUAAGGAUAUCAUCCACAAAUCCAUGAUGGGUGGUACUCAUGGCGAUGUAGCGAUGACGGCUUUCGUUUUAGUUUCUCUUCUUGAGUGUGGAUGUCUUGGUCAGAAUAAGAGCCAGAGGAUUGAGAAUGCAGUGGCUUUCAUGGAAACAGAGUUGAAAAACAUCGAAAAAGUGAACGUUCUUGCGCUCACGACGUACGCUUUAGCUCUGGCAGGAAGUAGCAUGAGCUCCAAGGCAAAUGCAAAACUCCUCGAGAAACAGGUCUACAAAAGAAACGAGUCAACUCGAUACUGGGAUGCUGGAGACAAUGCUUUAAACGUGGAAACCACUGCUUAUGCACUGCUGGCACAAAUGGCGGUUGGACGGCUUAAGCUGGCAGGACCAAUAGUCACAUGGCUCACAAAUCAGAGGGACCCUCUUGGAGGCUUUGUAUCAACACAGGACACCUGUGUUGCGUUGCAAGCCCUAUCUAAGUACAGCGAGAAGACUGCUGGCGCCAAUCUUGACUUGCGUGUGUCUGUAUCCUCCGAGAAAGAUGCAAACUGGAAGAGGAAAUAUCACGUCGAUGCAGACAACGCCCUCCUGCUCAGACAAGAAGAAGUCACGCGUCUUUUGGGCGGAGAAAUGUUUAUCGACUCAUCAGGAAGUGGAGUGGGUCAAUUGCAGAUUGAAGUCCGUCAUAAUGUACCAUCAGCGAAGAACGAAUCUUGCCACUUUGCUCUAAAGAUUGAAACUAGAGAAGAAAUAAAAGAGGGCAAAGAAGAUGUGGUGCCAAUAAUGGGACGUUCGAGGGAGAGAAGAGACGAAGACGAAAGAGAAAGAAAGGCCAAGAAAUGUCGGAAAAACAAGAAGAAAAAAUCUUGCAAAAAGAGAAGGAAAAAUCAAAAGUAUCACAAAAGACCAAAGACAGAUGCAAAGCCACCGGAUUCGCUUCAACUUAAAAUUUGCGCAAGGUAUCUGAAGGAUGGUAAAUCUGGUAUGACAAUAAUGGAGGUUGGAGUUUUCUCUGGAUUUACUCCUGACAAGGAUUCACUGGUUGAGCUCAUGGAAAACGUCCGACCAGCCGUGGACCGUUUUGAAAUUUCUGACCGAUCUGUGAUAUUAUACGUCAGUGAGAUCUCUAGCACUGACGAAUUUUGUGCAACGUUUGUGGUUAACCGAAUGUAUGACGUAGGAACAGUCCAACCAGUUCCAGUGAAAGUUUAUGAUUAUUACAAACCUGCUGAUUCCUGCACGAAAUUCUAUUCACCGAAUCCAAAAAGUGCGCUGCUUGCAGGCAUUUGUGAAGAAGGUUAUUGCAGGUGUUCACAAGAUGACUGUUCAUCGUGUGUUGAACGGUCAUUCAAGACUCAUGAGCUGGUAAAGAAAGCAUGUCACGAAUAUGACUUUGCUGUUUUAGGCGAAGUGAUCCUGCUGGACGAGCGUGAGUUAAGAAAACAAUCCUGGAUCACGUAUGAGGUAAUGCUACAGCAGGUAAUCAAGAAAAGCAAAACAGAUCUCGUACAAGGAGACGUCAUCGAAUUCAAGAGAAGAUCUGGCUGCAGAUGUCCAGACAUGAUGGAAAGAAAACAAUAUCUCAUCAUGGGAAACGAGCAAGGAUCUUUCUUUGUACUUGAUGCCAAUUUGUUUGUUAUUCCCUGGGAGAAGAAACGAAAGAGUGACAUGUUGGACGACCUUCGUGCAAGAGUGGGCAUAGACCCCAGGUGUACUUCUUAGAAUUCAGCUAGGCUUUGCUUGGAUGUAGGUUCACAUAAUGACAGUAGGACGUCUUAAUCGAGAUAGGAGUACCCUCUUAUUAAAUACAAGAAAUUUUAAUAUUAACUAAAUUUGUGGAAUGUUUAACAGUGUAGAUUUUAAAAGUAAAUUAAACAGUAAAAGCAGACAACCUAAACAAUCAUGGAUCAGUUUUUGCCCCAUGCUUAGCAUCCAUCAAUGCAAGAAAAAAGGCAAGAAAAAUAUAAGGAAAGAUCGAUACCUGUAUGUACAUAUAUUUUUGCUUUCACUCGACUGCUCUGACAUAUAACUGAGUUGGACUUUACCGACAACUGUAGCAGGACAUUGACGUCAGCAGGUUAGUUUUAAACAUUCGCCUUAAAUUUGAAUGGAAUAGAACGUUGCUUCACUCGACGAGGAUGGCAGACAAACAUCUGGCCUGCUUAUGUAUUUAGUCUUUGCUCGAUUAGACAAGGCUAACUCACUGAUAAUGAGUAAAAUAACAGGAAACUGGCUUUAAUUUGGA